GCCAGUGACUACUCACUCAACUGGAGAUCCAACAAUAUGUGAGCACGCGGAGACGUCUACGGCUCCGCCCACGCCCGCCGUAUUAUAUACCACCGCGUCAGGAGCUCAUUUGCCACAGCCCCACUACACGGCCACGCGCGCAACGUGGUGACCGAGAGCGCUACCGGAACCAACACGGCGACGCAGCUAGCUAGCAAAGCCAUGGGGUCCUUGCCGCCGGGAGAGAGGCCGCACGCCGUGAUGAUCCCCUACCCGGCGCAGGGUCACAUCACGCCGAUGCUGAAGCUGGCCAAGCUGCUCCACACCAGGGGCUUCCACGUCACCUUCGUCAACAACGAGUUCAACCACCGCCGCCUGCUGCGCUCGCAGGGCGCGGACGCCCUGCAUGGCCUGCCCGCGUUCCGGUUCGUUGCCAUCGCCGACGGCCUCCCGCCGUCCGACCGCGAGGGCACGCAGGACGUCCCUGCGCUGUGCUACUCCACCAUGACCACCUGCCUCCCCAGGUUCAAGGAGCUCGUCGCCAAGCUCAACGAGGAGGCCGAGACCUCCGGUGGCGCGCUGCCGCCGGUCACCUGCGUGGUGGCCGAUAGCACCAUGACCUUCGCCCUCCGCGCCGCGCGGGAGCUCGGCCUCGGCUGCGCCACGCUCUGGACCGCCAGCGCCUGUGGUUUCAUGGGCUACUACCACUUCAAGGAUCUAGUCCACCGCGGGCUCUUCCCUCUCAAAGAAGAGGCUCAGUUGAGCGAUGGAUCCUUGGACACGACCAUCGACUGGAUACCGGCGGCGCCCAAGGACCUGCGGCUGCGUGACCUCCCGAGCUUCUUCCGCACCACCGACCCCGAUGACAUCAUGUUCAACUUCUUCAUCCACGAGACGGCCGGCAUGUCGCAGGCGUCGGGGGUGGUCAUCAACACCUUCGACGAGCUGGACGCGCCACUGCUCGAUGCCAUGUCCAAGCUCCUGCCGUCCGUCUACACAGUGGGGCCGCUCCAUCUCACGGUUCGCAACAAUGUCCCGGAGAAAAGCCCCGUCGCCGGCAUCGGGUCCAACCUGUGGAAGGAGGAGGACGCGCCCCUUCGGUGGCUCGACGACCGGCCGCCGCGCUCCGUGGUGUACGUCAACUUCGGGAGCAUCACGGUGAUGUCGAACGAGCAUAUGCUGGAAUUCGCGUGGGGGCUGGCCAACACUGGCUACGCCUUCCUGUGGAACGUGCGGCCUGACCUCGUCAAGGGCGACGGGGCCGCACUUCCGCCGGAGUUCUCCGCGGAGACGGAGGGGCGGAGCAUGCUGUCGACAUGGUGCCCACAGGAGAAGGUGCUGGAGCACGAGGCCGUUGGGGUGUUCCUGACGCACUCCGGGUGGAACUCGACGUUGGAGAGCAUCUGCGGCGGCGUGCCGAUGGUGUGCUGGCCGUUCUUCGCCGAGCAGCAGACCAACUGCCGGUACAAGUGCACGGAGUGGGGCAUCGGGAUGGAGAUUGGGGACGACGUGAGGAGGGCCGAGGUGGAGGCCAUGAUACGGGAGACCAUGGAGGGGGAAAAAGGCCGAGAGAUGCGGCGGCGCGUGCUGGAGCUUCGCGGGAGCGCGGUGGCCUCCGCACGGCGUGGCGGAAGGUCCAUGCGCAACGUUGAUAGGCUCAUCGACGAGGUGCUGCUGGCUUGAUACAAGCUGGUAAAUGGUUUGGCGAGUCUAUUUAUCACAAAGGUAGUUUUGUUGCUUACUACUACAUGGAUCACGAAGGAUUUAUCUCUAAGAUAGAGACGAUGGAUUUAUUACAUGGGCAUUUGUAGCAUUGUUUA